UGUUUACUUUUCUCAGACGCAAUUAUUUCUUCCUGGUUCGACGCUGGGAGCAAAGAGUGUGCAUUACUGCCAUUUAACUGUAUUCCAGCAAGGAUUGAAAACUGCAUGCUCGGAACCAGGCUUAAACAUAACUGGAGAGCAGAAAGAGAUCCUGAAAAAGUAUAAAACAAAGGAAGGAAGAGAGUUCGGUGUCGAAUGGUACCUGGUAGAUAAAAGAGGAACCACUGCAACUGGUUUGUGGGUCGUCUCUUUGUUCCUGGAUAGCAUCCCGGAGUGGGACUGAGGGGGGCGGGGGUGCCGUGUCUCCAUACUAAGGCUAUUGGCAGUAGCUCCAAGGAAAGCUGGAGUUAUGGCUCUACUUACACUCCACAGAGCCCCCUCCAUCAGCACGGCACCGGAUGAAAGUGUUCCGAGGAGAGGGCGACUACAGAAACGGGAGAGUUUUGCUUUGGUGAAAGGUGUGGUGCUCUUGCUGGAAGAGGGGGAACAGACAGGCGAUGACACCGUGCUCACUGUAUGCAAGCCCUCACCAUCAGUGGGAGGGCAGUCCGAUGUGCAGCACAGGCACCUCCACGCCAUGGUGUCUCUGCUACGGCCCGAGGACACCCUCAAAAUGGCCGUGCGUUUGGAGUCAGUAAGCCUGGUCAGGGUCAGGUACCUCCUGAUCAUUUCGACUCUGUGCAAUAAAUAUGAGAGCAUUUUGUUGGGUGUGGACUUUCCCAGCAAAGACAGUGAUCACUGCACCAUUGGCCUAGUGGUUCCCAUUUGGAGUGACACCCAAGUAUAUCUGGAUGGUGAUGGUGGGUUCAGUGUGACCUCAGCAGAAGAGACUAGGAUUUUCAAGCCUGAGUCCAUUCAGACAAUGUGGUCUGUGUUGCAAGCACUGCACGGGUGCUGUGAGCGGGCAGUGAAGGGCGCAGUUAUCCCCAGCUGUGGUCUGGACUGGGCCCAGAACUAUGCCAGCCAGGUGGAGUCAGACCGGCACUGCCUAAACGAGUGGGACGCCAUGACAGGGCUGGAGUCUGUGAGGCAGGUUGAUGUGGAGCAGAGCUCAGAGAGAGUUACAGUGGAGAGGAAGAUUAAGGUCAAGCUGAGAGAAAUCAUGAGCACUGAGGACCUGGACAGCAUCACCAGCAAGCAGGUGCGGUUAGCACUGGAGAACAGCUUUGGCAUGGACAUGAAGGACUACAAGGAAUACAUUGACAAUGAGAUGAUGGUCACCAUGGCCCAGAUGGACAAACCCUCCAAAAUAUUUGACUACCUUUACCUGGGCUCUGAAUGGAACGCUGCCAAUUUUGAAGAGCUGCAGAAAAACAAUGUGGGAUACAUUUUGAACAUUACCAUGGAGAUAGACAACUUCUUCCCCGAUUCCUUCACUUACAUGAACAUCCGCGUGUAUGAUGUGGAGUCCACCGACCUGCUGUCUCACUGGAACACCACCUACAACUUCAUCAACACAGCCAGGCAGAGUGGACAAGCUGUGUUGGUGCACUGUAAGAUGGGUGUUAGCCGUUCAGCCUCUACCGUGGUGGCCUAUGCCAUGAAGCAGCAACAGUGGCCGCUGGACUACGCCCUGGCCUACGUCAUGGAGAGACGUCAUGUGAUAAAGCCCAACGAAGGCUUCCUGAAGCAACUACACAUUUACAGUGGGAUUCUGCAGGCCAGUCAGCAGCGCCACAGCGCCCUCUGGAAGAGGAGGAAGUCACGGGAGCUGAGGAAACAGUCCCUGCAGAACCACAAGGAGGAAGGAGAAAGUGAGGAAGAAGAGGUGGAGGAGGAGAGCCCAGAAGAACAGGAAGAGGAAGAGGAGGAGGAAGAAAAGGAGGUGUUCCCAGAGCCAGCUCCUCCCUCUGUCUCCCAGCAGAGUCACCCCCUGACCCCUUUCCCCCGUCAGGACACCCCACUUAUGCACCUCCAGGACAGUGACACGGUGUUAAAGAGUCCGAGCCGGAGCAGGAGGAUGAACCUGUUCUCCCUCAUGCAGUCCAUCUGUGAGCAGGAUGAGGAGGAAAGCAGAGGGUGCGAGAAAGAGCAGCUCCAGUUGGCUGCCACUCAGCGGAGGUCACCAGGGCAACGGAGGCAGGUCCAGAGCCAAGGCCGGAAGGGCCUCGUUCAUCAGAGGGCCCACGUGGACGUGUCCCCUGAGCCACGUAGCCAGUUGCCAUCCAGGGGUGGGCCCGGGGGGCAGAACAGGGUGGGGCUUUCCCUGCUUAGUAGUGGUGAGGAAGCAGGGGAGAAGAGAGGAGAGGGAGGUAGCGAUGGGGAGAGGACUGAGGAGGGGAAGAGUGGGUGAGGUGAGGGGAUGAAAAGAGAUGAUGAGAGAAAUAGAGGGAGAGGGAAAACGUUCUGGUCCAUGCACUGCACAGCAAACUGCUUAAACCAGUUAUCUUCAGGCAAUAAGGGAAGUAGUACGUUGUAGGGGCUGUUUAAACACAAACAGUGUGUUGACAUGUUAUACAUAACCAUGAAAGAAUUGCUAAUUAGUCCGGCGACCAGGGGCAUUGGAAUGUCCAAAACACCUCCAAACACUCCUCCAGCAUCCAGCCACUCCUGUAAUAUUUACAGCAGCACUUGUGUUUAUAAAACACAGUAUUUUUUACUGCACAAUGCUUGUGUGUCUCUGAGAGAAACAGACCCUCGGCACCCUGCCCCAGUGCUAGCCUGCUGUGUAUCGCUGGAGUACCUUAGCCCUUACAGUAUUACAUUGGAUCAUAGUGUUUUAUUGGGAACCCUAUCAGCCCCCCCCUCAUGCCUGCCUGAUGACAGCAAAUGCAGUCUUGCUAUUCUGUGUCAUAUGACUGCGUAAAAUCGUGCGACCUUUGUCUCUUUCCCUGGAAACAUUGACAUACUGUAGAUGUGGUUUACUGUUUAUAUUAUUACCAUUAGAGAACACAAGGGCGCUGUUUUUGCAUAGUCGAGACACAAUUAAUAAAUGUAUUUUUGUUUCAAGUAUUAUUUGAACACUCUUAUGCAUCUUUUUUCCCUCUCCCCCUUUCUCUCUGUCUCACUCCUCUUUACAAAGAUCUAUGCAAUAAUACUAUUUUAAGCUGUCUUUAUUGUAAGAAUGUGAAACUACGCUGGAAAUGAUUACUUAUCAAGGCCUUGUUUUUUUGUUUUCACUUCACCCGAAGCGUCCCGCCAUCUUGAGCACACGCUGGCGAGUACAUCUCGAUAACGUGCCACUGAUGGAGAGAUUGCUUGCCACAGUAUAUCGAAUCCAAUGCUCCUCAUGGAUGUCGUGUGGAAUGCAACUGAUAACUGCAGCUGUAGUAUUUUUAAUCUGGCCACAGCAAUGUUUUUUUAAAAAUACAAUAAUGGGAUCGAAACUUGUUGAAAGCUUUGAAGCACGUUUUUCCACGGUUACGUCACUGUACUGUGCUAGUGCCUUGGAUCCGGAUCAAUGGGUUGGUGCUACAAAAUGUCUCAGCCCUGUUUAUAGUAACUGUAUGGAUAUUACCAUAUGUGAUGGUGGCUUUUCAGGAUUUACCACUCCCCCCCCCCCCACUGUGCCUUACAGCAUUGUAUUUUCUUUCCCUGUGCCAGGAUGUUUGCAUGUGCAUUUUGUCAUGUCUGUGUUUUCCAGAAAGCAUUUAGCUGUAUACCUGCACACAUUUGUUUCUCUCUGUGCUUUGCCAGUGCAUGAACCAGGUGUGUGUGCAUUAAACCACAUGAUCUGUAACCAAUGGUAAGAGUUUAUUAAAGUCUCUCUCAAACAAAAAACCAAAA